AUUGAAGCCUAGAACUAGGCAAAGCGUACUAGCCUGCUGGGAGGUCUUUCUCUCUCCACACGUCUCUCUCUCUCUCUAGACAGCUCCGCCGUUACGGAUGAUCUUCCCAGAUUUAUGGAAUAUUAAAACUGUCGCGAAGGGGGAGGAAGAGACGAGAGAAGCGGGGUCGAGGAGCAGGAGGGAAGAAAUAGCCGAGCUAGCCAAAGCUCAAGUUGAAGUAGAAGGCGACGAAGCCGCUACAAACGACGCCUGGAACACCAACCGCAAGGCAGCCUAUCCCUAGAUUUAUUUCCCUGUUGGCUUAUUCGCACCGAAUACCGAACGACGAGGAACUCGCUGGCACCGAUAUAAUAAUGCUGCUGCUGCUGGCUGCACAAUCCUCAUCGUCGAGUCAGCCGUGAGCCAUGAGCCCCGAAGAACGCAGCUUGUUGACGAUGGAGGCCAUGACUGUUACUCGCGCGUUCUACUUUUCUACUCCCUUUUAGCGGUUUACACCAAGUUCAAUCGUCACUGUAUAGCCGCUGAAUGGCGAGACGUCAGGGUACACAGAAUUGCCUUCCAAAUAGUUACACUAUUAUCUUGGGAGCCAAUCACCAAUGGCAGCCUCCAUUUUGUACCAUAUUUUCCCUUCCUCGUCGUUUCUGCAGUUAGCCGUUGCCGUUAUACUUAUUGUAGUAAACAAAUCUCUGUCUCAUACAUCACAGGAGGUAUUUCGUCACAUUGCUGAAGAUCGGGUACCAGAUUUUGUACUGUGCCGCAAUUGUGGUGGAGAUGUGGCCGAUUCUCACGACAUAAUAAAUCAUUUGAGCCCUGACGCUUUAGUGAGAACUAACCAAACGUUAUUUGGUAGACCGGAAACAGAGCUACAAGUUUUGAUCAAUUCAUUGGGUAUUGAAUUUCAAAUCUUCACAACAUCUUUUGCUAGAUGCGUUGGCAUUGGUGAAAGUUGGCAUCAACAUUACUCCUGGUUUCCUGGGUACGCAUGGAAACUUUGCUUUUGCAGUCAAUGUGGUUCGCACGUAGGAUGGAUGUUUGAGCCCCUGCGCACAGCAACAGUGGAUAGAAACUCACCAUCCAAUGAAGGCUUUUAUGCCAUAAUUCGUGAAAGUGUGAUCAGUGAGACUUUUGCCAAUUCUCUAUUAGUCGUACCAAAAUUGUAUAGAAAUUAAGUAAGGAAAAUGGCAGAGACUUCUUUAACUGACGAGCAGAAAGCGUUUCUAGCCGAAUGUGAGGAGGAAUUCAAAGAUCGUUUUACUGACAAAGAUGCAGAGUUUGCCAAGAUUCAUGCAGCAAAGACACUG